AUGACGACCACUACUAUUCUAAAAGGGACAGAGACAGGGACAGAUCGCGAGACCGGGAUCGACGACGUUCACGAGAUCGGGACGACCGUCGACGGAGCCGAGACCGAGAUGGUCGCUCGAGGCGCGACGAUUCCCGCGACAAGGAUCGCCCGCGAUGAAAGCUGGGAUCGCGGUUCGAAGCGAGAGUCGGGUAACGUUUCAAAGGAGGCGUCAAAACCUUCCACUCCCACUCCACAGACAGCUGAAGAACAGAAGGCGGCACGUCUCGCAAAAUUAGAACAAUGGAAGAAGAAACAAGCCGAAGAACAGGCCAGGAAGCAAAGGGAGCUUGAGGCCGCAGGUGGAGCAAGGAGUAUACUGCAGGAGAUUGACAGGAAAGCUGGCAUCUUGCCCGCAGUGAGUUCUCCGCAGUCUCCUGCAGCCCCCGGCUCUCCAUCACCAGUCUCAACGCCAUACGGUGGCAAAUUCGACCCAAAGGCCAUCGCGAAGAAGGCACAACAUGCCUCGGCCGCUACCAAGGUCCUUGGGGCCGACGUCGCUCCGCCAGCCCUGACCAAUGGUCAUUCCAAGGCCUCGCAACCUUCUCCGAAGCUUGCUACAAAUGGGUUUUCUUCCUCAAAAGCACUAAAAGCGACAGGCGCAGUGGGAAAAUUCGGACUGGGUAGCAGAAUGACUGGGGACAACGAAGUGGCUAAGAAAGGACUGGAUUUUGCAGACGAUGAGGACACCAAGAAGAAACUAGAGAAGCUUCCUAACAUAGCCUUGGAACAAGACACGAGUGUUGAUGACGCUCAGCCGGAUGGGGCCGACGACGGUGACAAUGAUGUCGAUAUGCAGGAAGAAGAUGGAGAGGAAGAAGCCCACGCCAUGGCCGCCGCACGAGCAGCAGCAGAGCAGCGGAGUCAAGCAGAGCGAGGCGAGGACACAGCCAUGGCCGACAUUUCUGCUCCUCUACCCACCACGACCACAAACGAGGAAGAGGAAGAAGUUGAUCCAUUGGAUGCAUUCAUGCAAGAUUUGCAGCCUGUUCCAACGGCGAAGUCCUUCGCUCAGAAGACGAAUUCUAGGUCACGCCAACAAGAACCUGAGGCACUUUUUGGCGAUGACGAAGUUGACAUGACAGCGGUCGAUGAUGAAAAUCCCGACAAUAUCCUGUCACUGGCCAGUGCCACUGCGAAAAAGAAGAAGAAGGACAUCCCGACAGUCAACCACGCCAAAAUACAGUAUCAGCCAUUUAGACGCAACUUCUACUCCGAGCCUGUGGAGAUGGCUGACUGGACAGAAGAAGAUGUAGCAACCUUACGACUGGAACUGGACAAUAUCAAAGUCCGAGGGUUCGACGUUCCGAAGCCGGUCCAGAAAUGGGCGCAAUGUGGGCUGGGCGUCCAGGUUCUGGAGGUCAUUCAAAAACUGGGCUACGAAGCACCGACCAGCAUUCAAGCUCAAGCCAUUCCAGCUAUCAUGUCCGGUCGGGACGUUAUCGGUGUGGCGAAAACAGGAUCAGGAAAGACCAUUGCUUUUCUUCUCCCCAUGUUCCGGCAUAUCAAGGAUCAGCCUCCUUUAGAGCCCAUGGACGGACCCAUCGGCCUCAUCCUAAGCCCCACCAGAGAGCUUGCUACACAGAUACACAAAGAGUGCAAGCCUUUCCUCAAGGCUCUGGGCCUGAGAGCAGUCUGCGCCUACGGAGGUGCCCCCAUCAAAGACCAAAUCGCCGACUUGAAGCGUGGGGCGGAAAUUGUGGUCUGCACUCCUGGCAGAAUGAUUGAUCUGCUUGCAGCGAACAGUGGGCGAGUGACGAAUUUGAAGCGUGUCACGUAUGUGGUGCUCGAUGAAGCCGAUCGGAUGUUUGACAUGGGAUUCGAGCCUCAAGUUAUGAAGAUUCUCUCCAACAUCCGACCAGACCGCCAAACCGUCCUCUUCUCCGCGACCUUCCCCCGCCAGAUGGAAGCGCUGGCAAGGAAAACCCUGAAUAAGCCUGUCGAGAUUGUUGUCGGCGGCCGCAGCGUUGUUGCACCGGAGAUCACUCAAAUCGUCGAAGUUCGCGAAGAGAGCACCAAGUUUAUUCGGCUGCUUGAACUCCUGGGCAAGCUGUACGAGGACGAGAAGAAUGAGGACGAUCGCGUCCUCAUUUUUGUUGAUCGACAAGAGGCAGCUGAUGGUCUUCUCCGCGAUUUGAUGAAGAAGGGUUAUCCCUGCAUGUCGAUACAUGGCGGGAAAGAUCAAAUCGAUCGUGAUUCGACAAUCGACGAUUUCAAGGCGGGGGUGGUGCCCAUUCUCAUUGCGACCUCUGUUGCUGCCCGUGGUCUUGACGUGAAACAGCUGAAACUGGUGGUUAACUACGAUGCACCUAAUCAUCUGGAAGACUACGUACAUCGUGCUGGACGUACGGGAAGAGCCGGCAACACAGGGACUGCCGUGACCUUUAUUACCGAAGAGCAAGACAGAUAUGCUGUUGAUAUUGCCAAAGCCUUGAAGCAGAGUGGGCAAGCGGUACCAGAGCCUGUCCAAAAGUUGGUCGACUCCUUUAUGGAGAAGGUCAAAGCCGGCAAAGAGAAAGCUGGUGCUUCUGGAUUUGGUGGCAAAGGUCUUGAGCGGCUCGAUCAAGAGCGUGAUGCCGCCAAAGCUCGAGAACGCAAGACAUUCAAGACUGGUGACGAAGGCGAGGAGCAGGAGGAGAAAGAAGAUGGCAAGGACGUCAAAGUUGGUGAUGAUCUGUUUGCUAAAGCGGCCUCGAGUGUCAAGGCAUUCGAAGGGGGAGCGAGUCUUGCCGGUGUGCCCAAGGGUAUUGACCUGGAUGGUAAAAUCACCGUCCACAAGACCGAGCGUGAACCUGCAGGCUCCAAAUCUGGCGCUGGCCAGCAGAACCAAAUGGACAAGGUCGCGGCAGCGGUGGGCGCCAUCAAUCAGAAACUCUCAAAAGCAGGCGUCAUGCGGUCCGGUGUGCCUAUUGACAACAAAGGACCCGAUGCUGGUGCAUUCCACGCAACGCUGGAGAUCAAUGACUUUCCUCAAAAAGCACGGUGGGCUGUCACGAAUCGGACGAAUGUGGCCAAGAUCCUCGAGGCGACGGGCACGUCUAUUACCACCAAAGGGUCCUUUUAUCCCACGGGCAAAGAUCCUGGGCCGGGUGAGAAUCCCAAGUUGUACAUUCUUGUGGAGGGUGAUACCGAGGUGGUGGUGCACGACGCCAUGAGAGAGUUGAUGCGGUUGUUGAAGGAGGGCACAAUGAGCGCGGCUGAUGCUGCCGAGAGGACGGGAGGAAGAUAUUCUGUGUUGUAG